GCCGAGGGAGGGAAGAUGGCGGCGCGGGCGGGUUUCCAGGCUGUAGCUCCGAGCGGUGGCGGCAGUGGAGCCGGCCCUGGGGCGGGACCGCUAGGACCAGGGACGCCGGGGCCUCCCGUGCGGAUGGGCCCGGCUCCCGGACAAGGAAUGUACCGCUCCCCUCUGCCCGGCGCUGCAUACCCGCGCCCGGGAAUGUUGCCUGCUAGCCGCAUGACUCCUCAAGGACCUGCAAUGGGACCUCCAGGCUAUGGUGGGAGCCCUUCUGUCCGACCUGGGAUGGCUCAGUCAGGAAUGGACCAGUCUCGCAAAAGGCCAGCUCCUCAGCAGAUUCAGCAGGUUCAGCAACAGUCAGUGCAAAACCGAAAUCACAAUGCCAAGAAAAAAAAGAUGGCAGACAAAAUUCUACCUCAGCGGAUCCGGGAAUUAGUACCCGAGUCUCAGGCAUACAUGGAUUUGUUGGCAUUUGAGAGGAAGCUGGACCAGACUAUUAUGCGGAAACGAUUGGAUAUUCAGGAGGCUUUGAAAAGGCCAAUUAAGCAAAAAAGAAAACUACGCAUUUUUAUCUCCAAUACCUUUAAUCCAGCCAAGUCAGAUGCAGAAGAUGGAGAAGGCACCGUAGCCUCAUGGGAACUCCGAGUGGAAGGACGACUAUUGGAAGAUUCUGCUCUCUCUAAGUAUGAUGCUACCAAGCAGAAGAGAAAGUUCUCAUCCUUUUUUAAAUCUCUGGUGAUUGAGCUGGACAAAGAUCUCUAUGGCCCAGAUAAUCACUUGGUGGAGUGGCAUAGGACUGCUACAACCCAAGAGACCGAUGGGUUCCAGGUGAAAAGGCCUGGUGAUGUGAAUGUGCGCUGCACUGUCCUCCUGAUGUUAGACUACCAGCCUCCACAGUUCAAACUAGACCCACGUUUGGCUCGCCUCUUGGGAAUUCACACCCAGACCCGCCCAGUGAUCAUCCAAGCUCUGUGGCAAUACAUCAAGACUCACAAGCUGCAGGACCCCCAUGAGCGGGAGUAUGUCAUCUGUGAUAAGUACCUCCAGCAGAUAUUCGAGUCUCAGCGAAUGAAGUUCUCAGAGAUCCCACAGCGGCUUCAUGCAUUGCUUAUGCCUCCAGAGCCCAUUAUCAUUAACCAUGUCAUCAGUGUUGAUCCAAACGAUCAGAAGAAAACUGCUUGCUAUGACAUUGAUGUAGAAGUAGAUGAUACUUUGAAAACCCAAAUGAAUUCUUUCCUGCUUUCUACAGCCAGCCAGCAAGAGAUAGCUGCACUGGAUAACAAGAUCCAUGAGACCAUAGAAACCAUUAACCAGUUAAAGACCCAGCGUGAAUUUAUGCUGAGCUUUGCCAGAGAUCCCCAGGGUUUCAUCAAUGACUGGCUGCAGUCCCAGUGUCGAGACCUGAAGGCUAUGACGGAUGUCGUUGGGAACCCAGAAGAAGAACGCCGAGCUGAAUUUUACUUCCAGCCCUGGGCCCAAGAGGCUGUAUGCAGAUAUUUCUACUCUAAGGUUCAGCAGAGAAGGCAAGAACUUGAACAAGCUCUGGGAAUCCGCAAUACCUAAACGGGCAGGCCUCCCAACAGGCAGCAUCUCUUAACGGCUAGAAACACUGCAGGGAUUCACUGCUCAGGCCUAUACAAUUCCUAUUCCAGCACAGAACCUUCCACUAAUUUCCAACCAACGUCUUUUCUUUCCACUGAUCCAAUGGACUCAUCAUUGGGGAUGAUGAUGUUGGUACCCAGGCCAAGGUCUUGCAUUUCAGCCUGGCUCUCCUUUCUUUUUGAGCACCACACUCCCAAGGUCCAGCUCUGCCUGAAGUUCUUCCAGACUUCCAUUCAGCUUCCAUUCAGAGUCUAGCGUGGCAGCCCAGGAACUCUUCCUCCCUCUUCCCCCAGAACAGUCGGCUGGGCAGUUUCUGUGCACAGCAGGGCCCAAAUUCAAGGCAGGUUUCUUACAUUUUCUGGCUUCUCCUGGGGACAGGUGGGUGGGAAGUCCAAUACAGGUCCAUCUUUUGGGAAGGAUUAGACUCUUCCUACACGUGCCCUUCAGGGAGCUGCAAUCCAGGGUCACAAUCUUUGUUCCAGCGUGGGUGUCUGAUUCUGGUUUUUGUUUUUUUUUUAAGGGGAGGAAAUUACUGGCAGAGGUGCCAGGUAGUCAUAGGCCACCUUCUUGGUCACAGUGAAUAUCCCAAGUCACUGCCUUCUGGGGAAGAAAGCCUUUCUAAUCCAACUCCUUAACUCUUCUUCUAUCCUCCCCCUCCCCUCACUCCCCAGCACUAAUUCUUUGUAUCUACAGUGCUUGGAAGGAGACUAGUUUCCUUCAGACUAGAGUUAUUCUCCUUUUGACUUCCUCACCUGACUGCACAGAGCAGGUUUCUGGAGCAAAUUAAAAGGUGGGGAGCAGAGUUAUGCAAGCAGGUGUAACCAAGGCACAGCGAAGCAGAUGUCGGUGUGCUAAAAAGACAUUUCCAUUCUAGUCUGGGUUUUCUUAGUCUUGGGCACCUAUUGGUAGGACUGGGUGGAGAUGCUGUUGCAUCUUUCUGCUGGCUGGUUUUGGAAACUGUAAUGCAGCUGGACAGGUCCCAGCUGCUUCUAUUCUGACACUAUCUGCAAGAAUCAAGUUACUGACAAGUCCCAUCCUCUUCCAUGUUGAAAAUGGGGCUAGGGACUGCUCUGAAUUCAGGAACCCUAAUCCGUGUGUGUGCGUUCAUAUGUCCACCUUCGGAGUGAGAGAUUCUGAUUCUUCAAUCUUGUAUUUGCCCUACGAAAGGCACCCUGCCCUUCUGCCCCUCCUUGCUUUGUGAUCCUGGAGAAUAAGAACCCUGGUUCCUUAGGUGGCUCUCAGGGCAAGUAUACGUGAAGUAAACUCUGAGAUCAGCUGUCUUUGCAGACUUCUUAAAUUGCUCCUUAUGCUUUGCAUUCUGUGGUUUUCUCUUCUUCCCCCUUUUCCCCCUUGGACCAAUUUUUUUUGUACUGUAUCCUUUUAGAUGUCACCCCAUUUUAAUAAAAGCUGCCUCUGAAUGAAA